AUGUCCUGGCCCUCAACCCCACCGCGGCCAUGUUGUGACAUUCGAGGUGAAACAUGGUCCGUUUGUCGACCCUCCCCCCCUUAUUUAACUUAAAGUUAACUCACACCGAAAUGCACACACAUUCGAGUUAUAAUACACCUGUUAACCCCACAACACACAACUUCCCCACGGCCUAAUGGUUACUCGUGUACACACACACACAGUCACCCCCACACACACACGCACACACUUCCCAGUCAUGACUGAAUGACGGCAGGUCGCUAUGGAAACUGCGUUACGCUCCGGGCGGCCGGAGGAGACAACAAGAGCGCGAGGAGACUCGUUUCAGUCUUCAUUUCAGCACCACGCGAGCUCCUGGACAGCGCCCGGAUGGACUCGCGCACACAGAUUCUAUAGCCUCGCGCGCAUUUAGAGAGUGAUAGAGCUGCAUCAGCACCGAGUCUUAACCCGAGCGUGUCUGUGUGUGUGUGUGUGUGUGUGUGUGUGUGUAGGGACAUCGAGAGAGCCACGUUCAACAGACACGCUUAGUUCCGCCGAGAGCCGGGCUCUCCCUCCGAUGCCACAGCAACAGGGCAGCAGCAUGUCUGAAACCAAAUCCAAUCAGCGGUUCCACAGUCUGAACGCCGAGCAGGUGGAGGUCCUCCACCAGGUGCUGUCGGAGGCGGUGCCGAUCCACGGCCGCGGGAACUUCCCCACGUUGGAGCUGCGUCCGCGCGACAUCAUCAUCGCCGUGCGGGCCCGGCUGCAGCAGCAGGGCAUCGCCGUGAGAGACGUCCGCCUCAACGGCUCCACGGCUAGCCACGUCCUGGUGAGGGACAACGGGAGCAGCUACAAGGACCUGGACAUCAUCUUCGGGGUGGAGCUGCCCAGCCAGGAGGAGUUCCAGGUGAUCAAGGAGUCCGUGCUGGGCUGCCUGCUGGACUGCCUCCCCGCCGGGGUCAACAGGGAGCGGAUCAGCAGCGACACCAUGAAGGAGGCCUACGUCCAGAAAAUGGUGAAGGUGUUCAACGAGCACGACCGCUGGAGCCUCAUCUCCCUCUCGAACAACAGCGGCAAAAACCUGGAGCUCAAGUUCGUGAGCACGCUGAGGCGGCAGUUUGAGUUCAGCGUCGACUCCUUCCAGAUCAUUCUGGAUCGUCUCCUCGAGUCCUACAUGCAGCAGGAGUCCCGGCCAAGACGCGACACGGUCGACCUCGAGGGCCAGAAGGCAGAGAAUCAGAAUAAAGACUCUCCAGAAACAGAGAAGCCCUCCGCUAGAGACGUGUCCAACAACGAGGGGCAGACGAGAGACGAGGUGCACGAGAAGGAGUCCCAGACGGAAGCUGAACAUGCAAACCAGACGAAACUCUCCCAAGUCGAAAAGGACGAGCGAGUGAAAACACCCGUGGAGCUCAAAGAAGCGUCGGAACACGAAGAAACCUUCAGCGGGACGGAGUUCUCCGACCAGACGUCUCCCAACCUUUCGCCAGAAGCUGAACCGCCGAGUCGGAUUGAGCUGAGACGCGAUCCGGAGCUCUCGGAUGAGACCGAGUGCCCACAGGAGGUAGAACAGUCGGAGCAAAGCCAGCCCCGCGAUGACCAGCAGGCGGAACGUUCAGAUCCCAAACCGCUCGAGGAGGAACAAUCCGACCGCACGAAGCCCCCCGACGACCAGGAAGUCCUCGCAGAGCAGACGGCGCCGUCCGAACCGCCAGAAACCUCAAGCGAGACCCAGACGGAGUCUCUGAACCUGCCAGAGGGACGUCACGGCAGCGAGGAUCAGAGCAGCGGCGAGGAAGAUGAAACGGACUCGAUCGCAUCUGCGCACGCGAAGACGGAGUCGCAGUCGGCAGAUGAAAGAAAAGUCGAAACGGACGUCGGCGGAAAAAACGAGACGGAAAGAAGUGAGACGACGGAAGAGAUUUUAGAAAGCGCAGAAGACACGCCGGGCGUCCGUUGUUCCUGCUCCGCCUCCUCGGCGGCGCUCACACGAGAUACACCGGAGGCUCUCGGCGCGUUGCGCGAAGACGAAACCCCGAACGCACUCGCCGCCGCCGGCGGCCCUCCAGACACUCAGGAUGUUCUCCGCGCGCCGCCCGGCCUUGUUUCUGACAAAAAGACCUCCUGCUCCGCCUCGUGUAAGGCCUCCGAGAGACUCUCUCGCAUGGUGGUGCUCAAACACGCCUCCCCCAAACCGCCCCGCAGGAUGUGCAGGAAGUCGAGCCCCAAUCCCAGCCCGGUCUCCCAAAGCGAAUCCGUCCUCGAUCCGAACCCCGAGCCGGAGAUCGAUUUUAACCCGAAGCCGACCGGUUCGGACCCCGCGGCCGCCCCGACGACCGGCGCCUCGACUGACACGAACCCCGGUACCGAACCCGCCCCGUCCCGUGACCCGGACCGCGCCUCGUUCCCUCGGCCGACCACGGAGACGAGUCUCCGGAGCUCAGGAGAGACGCCGUCGAGCUCCGAACCUCUCGACUCCGGUGCUGAGCUCAGUGACGAAGAGGAGGACGUGGAACCGGGGAGCCGGCCGGCGGACUCGGAUCCGCCGAGCGACGGCCCGCCCUCCUCUCCCCGCCGCGCCGGCACCCCCGUUUCCUCUCUCUCGCCUCCUGUGCUGAGUGUUUCCCCUCCCUGCUUCACUCCCUCGCCCCCCAGCCUCAGCCCUCCCCCUUGUCUGACUCCUCCCCCUCACUGCCUCUCAUCCGGCGUCAGCCCGACGUCCUCCGGCCUCGGCUCGCCUCCCUACCUCCCCCCUCCCCCGCUGAGCCUCAGCCCCCCUCUCCUCUCCCCGCCGGUGGAGCCGGAGGACCUCGCAGCUCCGGUGUCUCCAGACACGGAGCCCUCGAUGGCGAACGGAGGCCCCGAGGAGCAGAUCGAAGACUCCUCCCCUCGGCCGGGAUCUCCUCGCCGACAGUCGGAGGAGGAGGAGAAGGAGCGACAGCGCAUCUCGCCCGCGGCGUUCCAGAUCACAAUCCCGAGCUCCGCCGCGUGCGUCCCGCCUCGCUCUCGGCCCGAGCGCCCGGGGGAACCGUCCCCUCCGGAAGCCGACGCGGCGUCCGGCGGUUCCGCGCGCGAGAGCGAAGAGGCCCCCGCGGCCCCCGCGGUCGCGCCCGAACAGAGCGCCGCCCCCCGGGCUUCGGGCUCGGUCGCCGCCGUCGAGGUCCUGGCGGAGAGCAUGUACGGCGACUUCGAGGCGGCCAUGGACCACCUGCGCAACCGCCUGAUCGCCACCAGGAACCCCGAGGAGAUCCGAGGCGGCGGCCUGCUGAAGUACAGCAACCUGCUGGUGAGGGACUACCGGCCGGCCAGCGAGACGCAGAUCAAGACGCUGGAGCGCUACAUGUGCUCGCGCUUCUUCAUCGAUUUCCCCGACGUGCAGGAGCAGCAGAGGAAGAUCCUGUCCUACCUGAAGAACCACUUCAUCGGCGAGGAGAGGAGCAAGUACCAGUUCCUGAUGACGCUGCGGCGCGUGGUCGACGACAGCACCGUGUGCCUGAUGGGACACGAGCGGCGCCAGAGCCUGAACAUGAUCACGGUGCUGGCGCUGAGGGUUCUGGGAGAGCAGAACAUCAUCCCCAACACGGACCACGUGACGUGCUUCUACCAGCCGGCGCCGUACCUGGCCGACCACAGCGCCCCCUACCUGCCGGAACCCAGCUACUGCAGCUACUACAUCCCCCAGGGGGGGUCCACUCUGCUCUACCAGCCGUACCCCUUACACCUGCACACACAGACUGGACUGGUCUGACACACACACACACACACACACGCACACACACACAGACGCGGAAUCAUGCAAAACACACAAUCACAGCCAGAAGAAGGUGCUUCUCACGAGGAGAGAGGGAAAUAUAAUCCAUUGAUAAACUGUUUGGUCUAUAAUAGACCUCUGGGGGUGGGAUUGAGUGGGUCUCUGUACGGUUCUGAUAUGAUUAUAUGUAAUUAUCUGGGCUUUGUGGGAAGAUAAUAAUUUUUCCGAUUAUGUCAGAAUUCCAGAAAAAUGCUUUCUGCACUGCAUGAGUCAUAAAGCCCUUUGGUCUCCACAGGGAAACCAGCUGUGCUGUUGACGUCCACACACACACACACACACACACGAAACUCACCCUUCCAGGUUCUCGUACGCUCUCUUCAUGUUCUUGCCGUGUUGUUCUCGAUGGGUCAGAACGUGGACCUUGCCUGUGGUUGGUGUCGUGCAUGGAUACAUUAGGACUGUUCUCUCACUGCCAAAUACUGUGUGACGACGACGCUUCUUAAACUGUUUGAUGUCACUUUGUUGAUCCUUUACUGAAGAGUGUAUUCUGAGAAAAAAAAAAGAAAUACCGAGGGACAAGUCUACCAAUGUGUACACACACUGUAUGCUGUACACACACACACACACACACAGUUAGACAAUGCAUGAUGCGUAUAUAGAUCACAUCCUAUAAAGUCAACGCAAAGGUUUUUAAUUUAAUAAGAAUCAAUCUAUUUUUGCAAGACUUUCCAAGGUAACACUAAACAGACCGGGUCGCCCCGAGGCCUUCGCAGCGCGUCGAGGCACGCCGCCUCGUCUUCAGGUACAUCGUGUGAUGAAGAUGUCGUGCUUGGUCCUUUUCUGUGUGAUCACGUGAAGUACUGUGUCGCAUUGAAGUUAAAAAAAUCCUUUGGAAUCCAAGCAAAACUGACCAAAGAAGACGGCUCGGUAGGGAAACCAAGUGCCUCAAUGUGAGACGUCACCGGCAUGUCUUCAUCUGCUGCACCG